AUGAAAGUUGUUGAUUUAUCUGAUCAUGAUUCAUGUGCAAAAUUAGCUAGUUCAAUAUUUGCACUUAUUCAAGAUGUUUUACAAUUGUUUAAUCGUCUUUUAACAAUUAAAAGUAUACCAGUAGUUCAACAAGUUUAUCAGGCUAUUUUAGCUGAUAUGACAUCAAAUUUUAAUGUACUUUUAAAUGUUCUUGAACAAAAAACAAUUGUUAUUGCUGUUGAUUAUGGUGUACUUAAAACACUUUAUUCACAUUGUGCAGCACAUGAACAUUUGAUUCAUAAUUCAGAUUUAUUUAAACAAAAUGAUACAAAUAAUACGAUGAGUUUAACGAAAGAUAACUUUGAAGAUUUACUUAAACUUCUUCAUCGUCUUAUUGUUAAUAGUCAUCUUAGUUGUCAUGAUACAAAACGAAUGUAUGCAACUACAUGGCUUGAACGUUUAUUUCAAUCAUGUCAACGUCAAAGUAAUAAUGAAUCUUCUAAAGAUGAACAUUUAUCUGAAGAUCAACAUCGUUUAUUAAGUUAUGAACAGUUACCAAAUUUUGGAAAUGAUGCAUUGGUUUGA